AUGAAUCAAAAUAAAGAUGCAAAUGAGGACCAGGAACAUGACUUGGCGGAGGAUGAUCAAGUGCUUACUGUACGAAAUUUCAUAAGUCUAAGUUCUCUACUUCCGGACCCAGUUGAAUGGGAGAUUAUUUGUCAACGCCAGAGGAUGGAACGAAUCCGAUUUCUCGUAGGAGUCAGCAUAACUUAUCUCGUUUUAUGGGUUGCGCAUGCCCCGAUAGCAAUUUGGAAAACGUGGUCUUUGGAACACAACGCUGAACUUAAACGAUUGUUGUCCGAUCGUCCUGGACUGGGCCAACCUCUCCCGCCGAAUUGUAUUAAGACGAAAUGCGCUGCUCUCUGUCCAGAGGCAUCGGACACACAGGGAUGGUACACGCUUUUUGGGAUUCCAUACGCCACACUGCCGCAACAGAGCUCCUACUUCUCUGCGGCCACUUAUCCCUACACAUUUAAAGAAUGUUACCUAGCCUAUUGGCAUGGUGUUGCCAAAGAAAAAAGAAGAUUUAUUGACGGACAAAUCCGGUUUAUCGGACGUGAGGCGAACGACGAUGAGUCCGAGUGUGCACAGAUGAAAACCAAAAAGGGAAUCUCGGUCCCGGUCGGUAAACCUCAAUCUUGUUUGACUCUAAGUUUUCACUAUCCCUGGUUUAGCAAAAGUCAUGGCGGUGGAAAACGACAACGAGGCAUGCCGAUUGUGGCCUAUAUUGGUGGCACCUAUCUGAUGAAUCAUCGACCACGAUUACCGUCUGCAAAAAUGGUUUCCGAACUACGGGUAUUGUAUGUAGCCAUUAGUUAUCGAUUGGGUGUGUUUGGGUUUUCGGAUUUUGGAGUUGAAGGAGCUGGACCAAAUCACGGUUUGUCGGAUGUUCGUGAGGCAUUGUCAUGGAUCCAGGAGCACGCGCACCACUUCGGUGGAGAUCGAUCUCGGGUGAUGCUUUAUGGCGAGAACAGCGGGGCCACGCUUGCGGCAGCUCUACUCGCAUCCAGUGGAUUGGAAAAUACGGUUAUUGACGGACAGUAA